AUGUCUUUCAACCUUAGCGAACCAGGCCGCGCAAUUCGUGCUGGCGUCAUUUUGACCAAAGGUGUCACGGAAAUGCUUGACGUCGCGCCUUUUGAGUUCUUCGCUUGGACAGACAAGGCUAUGUGUCAGAUGUUGAAUUUGCCCAGGGAGAUGUGGAAAGACACUUUCGCCGUAGAGCUACACUGGAUUACCGAGGACGGGAAGCCCGCUAGGAUGAGGAGCGCUGCCGUGAUUCAGCCCACUGAUUCGUUCGAGUCUUGCCCCCCGCUUGACAUCGCUCUCAUGGGCGCUCAUGACGCCGAUUACAAGACCAGCGAAGCUGAGCUUGCCUUUAUCCGCAAGGUCUGGGGUGAGUGCAGCGCAUUCCUCACCAUCUGCGGCGGCAUGAUCCCCCCUCUGGAGGCGGGAAUUCUCACGGGCAAGACGGCCACCUGCCCUCGUCCCAUGAUCGGCGUGAUGAAGAAGAAGGUGCCGGUCGUCAACUGGGUCGAGACGCGGUGGGCUCGUGAUGGGAAGCUCUGGACAUCGAGUACGCUGCUGAACGGCACCGACAUGGUGCGCGCCUUUGCUGAGUCCACGUGGGGUGGGAAGAACGGGAUGGUUGAGGCAAUGCUUGAUACCGCUGCAUUUCCCACGAGAGACGUGGAUUUCAAGGAUUUCAAAGGGCAUCAUUACACGGUUGAAGAAGUGGACUUUAUGUAA